CCUUGAGUGGGUCAGAGUUGCAGAGUUGCUGUGGAUUUAUUGGUACCACGUGCUUCGUAGACAGAGAAACACAAGAGUUAGGACCUGGUUUUGGAGCUUUGUGUACUGAGUUACUGAAGCUCAAAAAAACCCCAGCUGACACUGACUUUCUGGGAAUCCCAUGCAGAUCAAGCAAAAUAUUUGUUUUGAAGCUGCAGGGCAUGGAGUAUCUCCACUGGAGGCCAAACAGUCAUAAGGACUUUUGAGUUAUGAGUUCAUCAGUGAAGACUUUCAUUUCUGGAACUAGGAGAUCUAAAGCUGUCUCUGUGAUUUGCUCCUGGAAAGAAAGCUGCUAUUUGGGAAGCACAGACUGAUCUGACAUUGUAGCUCAUUUCCAAAGCUAUAAGCUUCCUCUGUGUAAGAUUCCUGUAUCUCAAGAAAAGCCAGAUCUACAAAAUGUAAGGAAUCUGGUUUAGUGAUGAAUAAAGUCAAGCUGGGUAGUGGUACUAUUGGUUUUUGAAAACCACAUGGUAGAGAAAGCCCAGGUUAAGAGCUUCCUUUGAAAGAAGAGAAAGCUGGGAUCCAACCUGUUGAAAAAACAAGUUUCUGCGUUUCAGAAAACCUGCAGCCACCAGCUGAGAAUUUUUUUCUUUUCUGGGACCAGGAAAUCAAGACUAUUCAUUUUAUUGGAAAACAGGGCUUGAAAAACAAGACAACUCUACUUCUGAAUUCUCUGAAGCCACAAAAAAGAGAGGUGGAGAAAUAAAAUAAAUCAGCUGGUGGAGAGGAUUUUAGAAGGUUACGAUCAUCUUCAUUUCUGUUACUUAGGAAAUAACUCUCUUAUUCUCAAGCAGCAAGUGAUGAAGCAUCCUGUGCACUUGGGUCUUGUAUAUCUUCUGGUCUGUGUGCUGCCCUCCAUAUUUUCCAAGGAAUGCUACUUUUGUGACAUCACUGCCUCAGCCAAAUGCCCAGCCACCAAGAUGAGUUGUGCCGAAGAUGAAGACUGCUUUGUGGGUCAAGGAGCUGCUUUGGGGGUAUCAAUGAUCCAAAACAAGGGUUGUACUCGCUCCAUCAACUGUGGCAAAGAGCAACCUGUUGCCCACAUGGGGGUAACCUACAGUUUGGUCACCAACUGCUGCCAGGGGAAUUUGUGCAACGCAGCUCAGUUCCUGAAAGCCCCUCCUCUUUUCCUCCAGCUUGCCCUCCCCACCAUUCUUGUGCUGGGUCUCCUCUGACUUUGCAAACAAUAAAAUCCUUCACAUGCUUUUGAA